AUGCUGCUCAUCUGCCUGUGUGGGCUGGUGGGGAACGGGGCCAUCCUCUGGCUCCUCGGUUUUCGCAUCAGGAGGAACCCCUUCACCGCCUACCUCCUGAACCUGGCCGUGGCUGACACUUGCUUUCUCCUCUGCACAUCGACUUUCCUUGUAAUAUAUCAUAUGCCCAUGCUCAGCUGCUUUCAGCCAGAGCUUUUGCGGGUGCUGCCGCUAUUUCACUCCAUGGUUCUGCUCACAUACAGCACCAGCCUCUACCUCCUCACGGCCAUCAGCGUGGAGAGGUGUGUGGGUGUCCUCUGGCCCUUCUGGUGCCGAUGCUACCGCCCGAAAUUCCUGUCGGCCAUUGCGUGCAGCCUGCUGUGGGCCCUCGCCUGUGUCCUUGCUGGGCUGGUGUACUUUGUGUGUGACCUGGGACACUCUGAACACUGCUGGACGGUUCUUGGAACCUUGUGCUUCCUCAACUUCUGCUUUUUCACUCCCUUUAUGGUUCUUUCCAACGUGAUCCUCUUCAUCAAGCUUAAGCGUAGCUCUUGGCAACACCACCCGGCGAGGUUGUACACUGUCAUCUUCCUCACUGUUUUCUUCUUCCUCCUCUUCGGCAUCCCGCUCAGCGUCCAGAUCUUCCUCAACUUCUUUGUCUACAUUAAUUUUGUCUUUGAGAUCUGCCUGUUGCUGGCCUCUGUCAACAGCAGCAUCAAUCCGGUUAUUUACGUCCUAGUUGGGAGCUGCGGAAAGUCCAGGUUCAGGGGAUCCGUCAAAGUCGCUCUUCAGAGGGUCUUUGAAGAUAGGGCAGAUUCCCAAGAGGUGGGCGAGACCCCUGUGAUGGGAAUUGCUGCCUAA